AUGUCCCACCCCAGGCUGCUGCUGCUCCUCGUCCUGCUGGGAGCCGCUGGCGCCGGCCGCGCCCUGAGCCUCUCCAGCGCCGCCUCCAUCCUCAGCUGCCUCCAGGCCGCCCUCGCGGAGCCACGCCGGAUCCUUCCCGAGGACAACGCCGUCCUGGAAAAGCGCGGCUCCGCCUCCCCGUCCCUGGAGGAGGCGUCCCAGGAGGACAUGGAGGAGGAGGAGGAGGAGCUGGGGAAAAGGACAUUCCCGGGGGACGGCCACCACAAAUACGUGUCCCAGGCGCAGGGCAAGGGCAAGACCCAGCAGAACCGGGCCAAGAGCGACCGGCGCACCAAGGUGACGCUGUCCCUGGACGUCCCCACCAACAUCAUGAACAUCCUCUUCAACAUCGCCAAGGCCAAGAACUUGCGGGCCAAGGCGGCGGCCAACGCCCACCUGAUGGCCCAGAUCGGGCGCAGGAAGUGACUGGGGGCCACCGAGGGGACUGAUGGCCGGCUGGGACAUCGGCCCUGGCUGGCUGUGACCC